ACAAAACAAUACAUGCACACAAGAGAUAGUAGCUAUAGCAAGUGAGACAAGUACAAAUACACAACACUUUCACUUUUUGUUGUUUUAAGUUUUGUCCUCAUUUUGCAACACAAAAUGGCUUCUCGCCAAAUAACACAAGAACAACAACCAUGGCUUUUGGAGAAUGGUGAUCCAAAGCGCUUGACCAAGGAAGCUAGACAUGGACAUGGGCGGAGCAGAACCGCCCAUGGCAUGUCUGCGACUUCCUUGCGCAAGAAAUCCGAUCAUGCUCUUGUGUCGAGGGUUCGAUGUGCUUCCCUUCGGAAUGUCUUGGUUAACAUCCAAGAAGUUAUUCUUGGUACCAAGCUGUCCAUUCUCUUUCCUGCCAUUCCUGCUGCCAUCAUUGCUCAUUACUUAGGCCUAGGAGAAUCAUGGGUUUUCAUACUGAGCUUGCUUGGCCUCACACCACUUGCUGAACGUGUGAGCUUUCUCACAGAACAAAUUGCUGUAUACACUGGUCCUACAGUUGGAGGACUUCUUAAUGCAACAUGUGGGAAUAUUACUGAGGUGAUUAUAGCAAUAUUUGCUCUUCAAAGCAAUCAAAUUGCUGUUGUCAAGUAUUCUCUUUUAGGUUCAAUCCUUUCAAACCUUCUUCUUGUUCUUGGAACCUCUCUUCUUUGUGGUGGAAUUGCAAACAUUGGAGACGAGCAAAAAUAUGACAGAAGACAAGCAGAUAUGAACUCACUCAUGCUGCUAUUGGCAUUGUUAUGUCAUUUGCUUCCAUUGCUAUUCACAUACACUGCUGCAUCACCUGAACUCACAGCAGAACCUUCACUUUAUUUGUCAAGAGCUGCUAGCAUCGUGAUGUUGGGCGCAUAUUUUGUUUACUUGAUCUUUCAACUAUGGACACAUAGGCAAUUAUUCGAAGCCGAAGAAGUAUGUGAAGGUGAAGGUGAAGGUGAGAACAAUUCGGCAGAAGAAGAGGCUGUGAUUGGAUUUUGGAGUGCAUUUGCUUGGUUGGCUGGAAUGACUGUUUUCAUUGCUUUGUUGUCUGAAUAUGUGGUGGAUACAAUUCAGGAUGCAUCAGACUCAUGGGGUUUGUCUGUAAGCUUCCUCAGCAUAAUCUUGCUACCAAUAGUUGGCAAUGCAGCUGAACAUGCAGGAGCAAUCAUUUUUGCUUUCAAGAACAAGCUGGACAUUACCUUAGGUGUUGCAUUGGGUUCUGCCACUCAAAUUGCAAUGUUUGCGGUUCCUCUCUGUGUACUUGUUGCUUGGAUAAUGGGAGUGAAAAUGGACUUGAACUUCAAUCUCCUUGAGACAGGUUCUCUUGCUUUGGCAAUUAUCGUCACUGGCUUCACUUUACAGGAUGGUACUUCUCACUACAUGAAAGGUCUUGUUCUCCUACUUUGCUACCUUGUUAUUGGUGCUUGUUUCUUUGUGCAAAGAACACCCCUUAACCCAAAUGAUGUUCCUAACAAUAUCACUCUCAAAUCAUUCACUGAUUCAGUUUUAAGCGCCUAGCCUAAUAAUAGGCUAUGGCUUAUUUUGGUUCCUUCCAUAAAUGAAGGAUGGAAGCAUAUAUCCAAAUUCAUCAAAUGCAGAUUCAAUACAUUGGUUAUUGGUUCAUUCCAAUCAUUUUGUCACAUCCAGAUAGGAGGGAAGAAAAUGUUUGCAGUAGCUUUGUAAUUUUUAUUACUAGCUUUGUGAAUAGGAUUCUAAGAUUUUAAAUCUUACAUUUUGUGUCCUAUUGGUAUAAGAUUUAAGGGGGUGUUUGUUUGGCCGUGCAUUUUACUGGAUAUCAAAUAAAUGGAAUUUGUUUUUAUA